AUGGAUACUCCCAUUAUCACUAACCCGCUUGAUGAGGAGCAACAACGCAUGCUCGAUCAAGCGGCGAGCGCACGGCGCAAGUCAGAAGUUCAGACGACGUUGCAACGACACAGUGAAUAUACGUUCACUCCACCUGGCGUGGAAGAGCUCAUUCUUCAAGCGUCACUCCAUACGUUGGCUACAUGGUCCACCGGCCCCAAGGCGAAAGCGCCCGCUGAACUCGAAUGUCGCAAGGCUCUUCGAGAGAGGUACUUGGAACCUACUGUGAUGACUUUGAGUCAAUACAGAGAACGGCUGCAAAAACAGGCCCAAGGAACACCAGUUCCACGAAUUUGGGGUAUACCCAUCAUUAUGUCCGAAGAUGGGGACAAAAUUGCGGAGGACGAUAUGUUCAUUCGCUGGAUGCAUGGCGUUCGACGCCUUAGUAGCAUGCACGCGCUACGCGAAAGUGCCAGUGUGGCAGACUUUCGUCUAGCGAAAACUUCGCUGUGA